AUGAAAGUCGUACCCGUUCUCGUCAGCGCAGAUAAUUAUGCGUAUCUCCUCAUCGACGAGCCAAGCAGGAAGGCGGCAGUGGUGGAUGUAUUAGAUGUGGAGAAGGUGCGGGCUGUAGCAGAAAAGGAGGGUGUGGACAUUGUGGCUGGCAUCACGACGCAUCACCAUCAAGACCAUAGUGGUGGAAACAAGGCGUGUUUGUUUCCUACAUCAGUUUCCACAUAUCCGAGCAUCCCCGUUUAUGGAGGCUUUGAUGUGCCUUCUAAAACUCAUCUCGUUGAGGACGGUGGCGAGUUUACUGUUGGUGAUAAUAUACACGUUCGGUGCUUGGCAACCCCGUGCCACACUAGGGAUUCAAUUUGCUUCCAUGUCACGGACACAUCUAACAAGUCUCAGUCUGGCGGUGUGUUCACUGGUGACACCCUCUUUUUAGGCGGGUGCGGUCGUUUCUUCGAAGGGACGGCAGAGCAGAUGCAUGCCUCCCUUUCGAAACUAGCAACGCUCCCAGACGACACGGUCGUUUACAAUGGCCACGAAUAUACAGCUGGCAAUGUUGCGUUCGCCAAAAUUAUCGAGCCUGAGAACCCAGCUAUUGGCAGGCUUUUCAAGCUUGCACAAGAGAAUAAGGUUACUACUGGUCUGUCGACUAUCGGUGAUGAGAAGCAGUGGAAUGUGUUUAUGCGUUUGGAUAAAGAUGUGAUACAGCGGGCUACUGGUGCAGAGGAACCUGGUGCAGUUAUGAACAAGUUGCGUGAACUGAAGAAUAACUUUAGGGGGUGAGGGAGUACGAUCAUGUGAUUCGAGCCGACUGAAUAGGGUUAGAGCAAGGCUCUAGUGCGGGUAGUAAGAACAGCAUAGUGUUCAUUGAUUAUCUGGCUAAUGGAAUGAACUCAACAAAUG